CCCGGCGCCCAUCAGUCCCGCCUUCUGGGAUUUUUCGUUCUCCUACGCUUUGUCUUCGUGCCACUGGCUCUCCUCUGCAAUCAGAAUCCACACAACUACAUGCCGGCCAUUUUUGUGCACGAUGCUUGGCCGAUCCUCUUUGUGGCUCUCAUCGGCCUUACCAAUGGACACCUCCUGACUGUUGCCAUCAUGUAUGCUCCAACGUAA